AUGGUAAUUUCGAAGGGGAGUUACGAGAGGCUUAGGUUGGCCAUGGAGAAGUUCAUGGAGGUCAAUGGAGUUGAUGGUAGUGGUUGGUGGCCGUGGGUGGCAACGUAUAGAGGAGAUCGGCCAACUUUGAGGAAAAUAGGAUAUGGGAGAGUGAGGGAGAGUGGGGGAAGGUGGAGCUGUUUAUUCGAUGAAGUUGUUUUGGAGAUCCAAACUUCUGAUUCUAGUGCUCUUUUCGAAGUCGCAAAUCGGUUUGAAAAGCUUUAUGGUGGAAAGGUGUAUGUGGGGCUUCGAAUACCAGACGCCGACACCGGUUCACGACAGAAUGUCGACAUGGCUCUUGUUACCGAAGGGGACGCAGUGGUGAUAUCUGUUAAGAAUUUAUCUGGAACUGUAUCCUCUGGAAUUGUAUCCUUGAAAUCCGGUAGCUGGAAUUGUGAAAGCGGCAAUAAGCACCAAACAGAGCGUCUUCCUGAUCCUGUGAUGGAGACUAAAAAACAAGCUUCAAUUCUUGAAUCAUAUCUUGAACAGAGAGGAGUUGCUUUACCAGAAGGAUAUUUUUCCUGCAAAGUUGUACUGCCUAAUCCGAACCUCCGUUACGUUAUUUUUACUUGUAUCAUCCCUUCAAGCGAUUUUCCCUUCGACGUCAUCACUUACAACCAGUGGGUACAACAGAAACCAGAACCUAACAGUAUGUUUUCUGGUCGGUUGAAUGGUGCCUCUCGCGGUGGUAAAAAAGAGAUGCCAGAAUCUUUACAUCAGAAGCUUAAUUUCAUCCUUCGCACAGCUCCAAUGUGGGAUAGGUUGGAGCUUGAAGGCAACAAAUAUGUCCUAGGGGAAUUUCUGGAAUUCAAGGGGGAGCUGGCGGACAUCUGGGCUUUGAAAAAUAUUAAAAGAUCAAAAGUCAGUCACCUGAUCAUCAAAAAUAUAAGCUUGUUUGGAUCAACCCUCCAAGUUUUGUACUCGCCUCGGGAUUAUAGGAGUGAAGGGACUUCAGAUUCCGAGUGGAAGAAAGUUACUGUAAGAUCGAGUACUGAGGUUUUCUUUCGGCUUGAGAAUUCAACCAAAGUCCGCAAAUCCAAGCUCUCUUCCAUCAUCUCCUUGUCGCUGACUGCUUAAAGCCUCUGCUGAUUAAUCCAGGUCGGGAAAGUUGACUUUAUUACGCUACCCUUGAAUUUCUAUUUUCUUGUAAAUUCUUAGUUAUGGUUUAUGCUAUGAACGUAUAUGGUGUUGUAUAUAUUGCAGUGAAGAUGGAAUUUAAGGUGCAUUGGUCAUUCGGGAUAGAAAUUUUAAAGAAUGGAAAUGAAUGAACAAGUUGGAGUGUUUGGUGCA